AUGUUUCGAUCAUGGUUAAAGUGUUCAUCGAUUUCUAAUCGAUUGAUACAUACAGUUAAAAGACAAGAAAAUAGCGAAAAAAAGAAAAUUAUUGUAUUAGGUGCUGGAUGGGGUGGAUUUCAAUUUGUUCGAUAUUUAAAUCGAAGCAAAUACGAUGUUACCUUAGUUUCACCACGUAAUCAUUUUCUUUUUACUCCUUUAUUACCAUCAACAACUGUUGGUACAUUAGAAUUUCGUUGUAUUAUUGAACCAGUUCGUACACUAUCAAAUUUAUAUUAUUAUCAAGCUUAUUGUGAUGAAAUUAAUUAUAAAUCAAAUCAAAUACAGUGUCGAGAUUUUUUUAAUUCAAGUAAAGGAUUUUCGCUUGAUUAUGAUUAUCUUGUUUGUUGUCAUGGAGCUAAUUCAAAUACAUUUCGUAUACCAGGUGUUGAAGAACAUGCGUUUUUUCUUAAACAACUUUCUGAUGCACGUGCUAUACGUAAUCGUCUUAUGGAAUUAUUUGAACGAGCAUCAAAUCGAUUUAUAUCUGAAGAAGAACGAAAAGCAUUAACAACAUUUGUUAUUGUUGGUGGUGGACCAACAUCGAUUGAAUUUAGUGGAGAAUUACAUGAUUUUAUUGUAGAAGAUGUUGCAAAAUGGUUUCCUGAUGUUAAAACACGUGUUAUUGUUGUUGAAAGUACUGAUCAUAUUUUAGGAACAUUUGAUUCGAAAUUAACAGAUUAUGCAAUGAAUAUUUUAAAAUCACGUUCAGAAAUUACACUGAAAACGAAAACAUAUGUUAAGCGUGUUGGUCAAAAUGAAGUUUUACUUAGUAGUGGUGAAACUAUUCCUUGUGGAAUUACAGUAUGGAGUACAGGACUUUCUCCAACUAAAUUAACAUCAACUUUACAAUUUUUGAAAGAAAAACGUUCAGGAAGAAUAUAUACAAAUAAUCAUUUACAAGUAUUAGUUGAUGAUAAAACAACAAUUAAUAAUAUGUUUGCGCUCGGUGAUUGUGCAACACCAAUGGAUCAAUCAUUACCAGCAACAGCACAAGUCGCCGUUCAAGAAGCUAAAUAUUUAGCACAUAUAUUUAAUAAGAAAGAGUUUUAUUUAAAAAAUUCAAAUGAAACUACAAUUAAUGAUUAUCCAGUAUUUAAUUUUAACAAUGCAGGUAUGUUAGCUUAUUUAGGUGGUUAUGGUGGUUUAGCAGAUUUAAAAAAAGCUAAAACAACUGGGUUUUUAUCAUGGUUAUUAUGGCGUUCGGUUUAUUUGACACGGCUUGUUAGUUUUAAAAAUCGUUUACUUGUUGCUAUGUUUUGGUUCAAAUCAUUUGUAUGUAUUAGACUUUUGUUUUGUUUUUCUCAAAUGGAUGAUGAUAUUCUUUAUUUUUUUUUAUCUUAG